AGAAAGGGGAAACAUUAACUUGAAGAAAAUGGGAGAAGUGAUCUUGUCUAUGGAUUAUUUGGAAGAUGUUUUAAGAGGUACAUUUUGUAGAAUCUGUCAUGAAGAGGAGUUUGAGAGUUGCAAGAACAUGGAAUCCCCUUGUUCAUGUUCUGGAACUGUUAAGUAUGCUCACAGAGAUUGCAUACAGAGAUGGUGUGAUGAGAAGGGUAACACAAUCUGCGAGAUUUGCCUACAGAAAUUUGAACCUAAUUAUACAGCAGCUCCCAAAACCCCCCAACAGGUUAAUAGUACUGGUGUCACUAUCAGGAGAAGCUUAGAAAUACCUGGAAGUUCGCCGAUUGUGAUGGUAACUGAAGAGGCAUUGCUUGAAACAGGCAAUCAAGAAUGUGUUUCAGCAGCUGAUAGAACCGCCAUUUUCUGUAGAUCAUUAGCCAUUGCUUUCACCAUUGCUCUGCUGAUCAGACAUCUGUUUUCUAUGUGUUCCGAAAUAGCAGACGAAUACCCAUUUUCACUUGCUACUUUGGUGAUUAUGAAGGUUGGUGGGAUAGUAGUUCCAAUGUACAUAUUCACUCGGAUAAUCACAGCAGUCCAAACCAACAUCAGCCAUUCAUAUCAGUUUACUAUGGAUGAUCAUGCUGAUUCUGAGAUUGAAGAUUACGAAUCAAACUCUGAAGAUGAAGAUAUUCAGUCCUAACAGGUUCAAGAGCAUUACAGUUCCAGCAACUUAUUCUGAGACCUGAAAGGUUCAAAAGAGAUUCAUUAUUCUAAGCAUUUCAUUCCCAUUGGACUUACACAUGCAAAUUAACACAAUCCAAAUGGGUUUUUAUUUAGUGGCAUAUACUUAGAUUUGAAAAACAAGUUCAUCUCUGCAAAUUAACCAUGGGGCAAGAGAGAUCUCAGCAGUUAUUAAGAAGAACAUGUCUUCCAUGAUGGGAGCAGACUUUUCAAAUUAUAGUUGUUGGGUUUUGGCCAUAAAUGGCGCCUUAUGUAUUACAGUUCAUUCAAUGAGACUUUUAAAUUUCUUACU